CACAGACACACACAAUGCACUCUUUAGCGUUUAUAAAAAGUAACAACGGCUCAUAUAAUCAGGUACGAACGUGGAGUGGGGAAAGGAUAUGCCUUGGAACAUCAUCUUCAAAAGUACAUUCUCACGACCAUCAUUCAGAUCAACUUGUGCGCCACUUUUGCUAAGCCUAAUUUCACUUUUCCCACUGCCUUCGGCUUCCGCUUUUACGCCUAUCCAACAAAAUACGUACCCUUUGCUAAUCGCCCGAUCCAUCUGAGUCAGAUUGGCAACAAAGAUACAUUCAAAACGGAAGAACGCCAAAAAAAACAAACAAUCGCAUAUAAAGGGCACUGCCACGUCAUAAAAGUUCAUCUCUUGAACCGCGCAUUACCGCAUUUUUUUCUUCCGUCUUUGAUUCCCUGUUGGCCGCAUAUAAAACACAACUUUUCUUCCGAAAUACUUCCUUCAUCAUGUCAUCCACACAACCCCAAAAAGAACAAGAAAACGAUUCAAAUAUGAUGUCUGCUGCUUUUGGCAUGAUGAAAAAUGCCCUGAAUGAUGUUGCCCAUCGUAGAAAUGGCAGUAUCAGCCACGAACAUGAAUCGGAAGCACAUCAAAUCUUUCGUGAACAACCUGGUCAUAGCGAUAAAGCGGCACGCAACGAUCACGUCGUUCCCGGUAUCGAACACCCAGGUUCGGUUGGUGUGAUUUACGUUAUGGACCGUGCAAUGUCCAACGGAUUUCAUUAUGGUGCAGAAGGUUGGGCAAACUUUGGUCAAGGUGCACCCGAAACUGGUGAUAUUCCAGGAGCAGUUCCAAAACCUACAAACCUCGACUUGGCCAAGUACGGCCAUUUGAUUCACGAAUACGGCCCUACAACGGGUAUUCAACCUCUUCGUGAAAAAGUGGCAGAGUACUACAAUGACACUUUCCGCAAAAGCCGUGCAAGCAAAUAUACUGCCGACAACAUCUGCAUCGUUCCCGGUGGUCGUGCAGGAUUAUCCAGAGUGGCUUCCGUCAUCAGUCCAAUCUUGUUGGGCUAUCAAUUACCCGAAUAUGCUGCUUAUGAACCCAUGUUGGCCGCUUUCAAGAAUUUGAUCCCAAUCCCAACUCAAUUAGCUGAAGAGGACCAAUACAGAAUGAAAGUUGAGGAUUUACGUCGCACAAUCCGCAAUCAAGGCUUAACCACUGUCUUAUUGAGCAACCCACGCAAUCCAACGGGACAAAUCAUCGAAGGCAAAGAAUUACGUGAUUUGGUGGAAAUGGCAAAUGAGAUGGACGUUACAACGAUUUUGGAUGAAUUCUAUUCGUGGUACUUACACGAAGGCGAAGAAGGUCGUGCAGUUUCUGCAGCUGAGUACAUUGAGGAUGUCAACAGCAGUCCUUUAAUCUUGAUCGAUGGUUUGACAAAGAACUGGCGCUGCCCUGGCUGGCGUGUAUGCUGGGUCGUUGGACCCAAAGAUUUGAUCUCUGCUUUGAAUCAAGCAGGAUCAUACUUGGACGGAGGUGCUUCCCACCCUAUGCAAUGCUUGGCUUUAGAAAUGAUGGACAAAGACCGUAUCGUUCAAGACCGUAUUGCCUUGCAACGUCACUUCCGUAUGAAACGCAAGCAUGUCCUUGACCGUUUGGCCGCAAUGGGCUUAACAUGUCAUGUUCCACCACAAGCAACGUUUUACAUUUGGCUCAAUUUAUCCUGCUUACCUCAUCCCCUCAAUUCUGGUUUAGCAUUCUUUGAAGAAUUACUCAAAGAACAAGUUAUUGUUACGCCAGGUAUCUUCUUUGACGUCAACCCUGCCCAUCGUCGUAAUAUCAUUCAUUCGCCUUGUGAACCUUUUGUUCGUCUUUCAUUCGGUCCACCAUUGGAAGAAUUGGAUCGUGGCUUGGAUGGUAUUCAACGUGUUUUGGACAAGGCAAUCGCCGGUCAUCCUGAAUUGGGUCGUAACCUUCGCAAGAGCGAUCGUAGACUCAAUGUUAACCCACAAGCUGCUGGCUCAUGAGUAUGUAUGUGAUAGAUGCUAUGAAUAAAUCUUUGGCCGAUUAAACUUGUCCGCUCCGCUUUGUUUGGAUCCGGCCAAUUUAGGGUGGCAACUUCUUGUUUGCAUAAAUGUUACGGAUUUGCGUGAACUGUGUUGUCAUGCAUUUGUGUACGAGUAAUACAAGAUCGUAAAGCACACUUGACAGAGAGGUAAAUGCAAGCAUCAAAAGGCAUCGACUACUUGC